AUGGUAGUCAAAAACGAUAAUCCACGGUUAAAAAUACCUUUAGUUGAUUAUGAUCAAGAUAUCGAAUUAUCAUUAAACGAAUUUAAAGGUCGAUUUAAAAAAUUAUUAAAUGAUUAUGGAAAAUACUCCGAUAAAGAAAUCGAUGAUUUAAAGUCUCAAAUUGAAGAAAUUAAAUUACGACUUGAGCAACUUACAGGCAUCAAUGCAAACCUUACAGUCAGCAAUGCAGAAUUGACACAGAAAUUUGAAACAUUAUCAUCAAAUUAUGCAGAAUUGAAACAAAAUAAUGAAUUUAUGAAAUCCGAAUUCACGGAAAUAAAACAGGUAUUUUUAAUGAACUUUAUUUUAAUCUCAUCUGUCACAUAACCGAUGAUUUUUAUUUUAGAUGAUAGAACAGAAUGAUUUGGGACACUUCUUUCCAAAACAACUAUUGCAAACUAAAUCAGAUGUGUAAUUUACAUUCGUGUAUUUUUGUUCGUGCGUAUUAUCUAUUUUCUCUCUCUCUGGAUAUAUAUAUGUGAAUCGUCCGUGACACGACAUUACCGCGAACGACAUUACCGCGAGACAUUACCGCGAACGACUUUACCGCGAACGACAUUACCGCGAACGACAUUACCGCGAACGACAUUACCGCGA